ACUGCAGCAGAGUGGGAGCUCUCUCGCUACAAAUGUAACAGUCGUGGCUGCGUGAAGAUAAACAGCCCUCACUUAAGAAGAAGACACGUUUACUUCCUCUUCAGCACAGGUGGACCUGACUACAGCGGCCUGUGGAUAAAUGCAAACGCUUAACGUUUAACAGCAGUCUCCUUCUGCAUGUGCACAUCACCUGCCUCCUGUCCUGCAUUCAAAAGGUUCGCCGUCUGGAGAGAGGUGUUGGAAUGAACAAGUCCAGGUCCAGUUGGGAUAAAGUCUCCCAUACCCCAGUUAGCAGGAUAACCCGCAGCUCCAGCACUCAGGCCCGACACGUUGGCCCAACAGAGAGCAAGGACCCGGGUCCAGGUACAUAUGGAAAACAAAGGAAGAAGCAGACAGACUCUGCUCUGGCCCAGGACCUGAGUCAAAUGAGCGUGAGCGGCCAGGACGCUAGGCAAGGAAAAAUGUCCAAAGAUGUUCGAAGUGCUCCGGUGCUGGCCUGUCCAUCCUCUGAGUCCAGAUCAGAUCCAUGUAAGCCAUCUGCUGUAAAGUCCUCAUCUCAGGGCGGUUUGGCCUCUGUGGCUCGGCUGGUGAAGCUCGGUCGCUGCAAGAAGGUGGUGGUUGUGGCUGGAGCAGGAAUCAGCACCGCCAGUGGCAUCCCAGACUUCAGAACUCCAGGAACAGGUCUUUAUGCCAACCUGGAAAAGUAUGACAUCCCAUACCCAGAGGCUAUUUUCAACAUUGACUACUUCACCAACAACCCGCAGCCUUUUUUCUCUCUGGCAAAGGCUCUUUAUCCCGGCAGCCACCGACCAAACUACAUACACUACUUCAUCCGCAUGCUUCACCACAAAGGCCUGCUGCUCCGCAUGUACACACAGAACAUCGACGGACUGGAGAAGUUGUGUGGCAUCCCGGAUGACAAACUUGUAGAAGCUCACGGUAGUUUUGCCACAGCUUCCUGUCACCUGUGCUACACUGCGUACCCUGUUGAAGAUGCUAAGCUUAAAAUAAUGAGCGACACCAUUCCCAUAUGCUCAUUCUGUGCUGCUACUGUCAAACCUGAUGUGGUGUUUUUUGGAGAGGAUCUUCCACAGAAAUAUUUCCUGCACACUAAAGACUUCCCUAAAGCAGACCUGCUUAUUAUCAUGGGCACAUCUUUACAGAUUGAGCCAUUUGCCAGCCUGGUGAACACAGUGCGCUCUACUGUGCCUCGUCUCCUCCUAAAUCGACACGCUGUGGGUCCCUUUGAAAAGGUCCCUUUGCGCAGAGGAGACCACAUGGAGCUGGGUGACCUGGCAGACACGGUGCGGAGGUUUGCUGAAAUGCUUGGCUGGAAUGAUGAGAUUGAAGAGCUGAUGAGAAGUCAGGAGGCAGUGAGCAUCCCUCCUCUGAUCAGCAGCCUUCCAUCAGUGAGCGAAAACGCCCCUUUGCAGAGCAGAGGAACUUCUGAGACGAGCAGGUCUAGACCAGGGGCUCAUAGAGCAGCUAGCAGUGACAGCGAGGGCACAGACUCAGAGACGGACAGCAAGAGCUCUGUGUCAUCCAGCCGCAGCAACUGACAACGAACGUUUCAUAAACCACAGGAAAUGUUCCAAGUCUCCUACCUUCACACCAAGGCUGUUCUCCUGUUAACCAUGUGGAGUUUUUGUCACCUUAUAUAUGGUUGUAGGUGUGUGGUUGACCGGUUGUGGAUGUUGAAGAUAAAGUUGCAUGAGAUGUCUUAUCUCUUUAUGUUGAAGUCACAGUAUGAGUCAUGUUCAUGCCAUGUUGAUACUUUAACCUAAGGCUCCUUUCACAGUUAAAUGGGCAUAAAGCACUUAGUAGAGGCAGGGUCCACCCAAAACACUAGAAAGUAAAUAUGUACCCUGUAAAAUAUGUUUCUGCAGAUGAUUUAUACGUCAGUAAACGUAUUGUUUUAUAUCUGCACAACACAUUGUUUUAAACAGUAUUUAAUAAAAGUAUUGAGUCAU